AUGGCACUGGUAGCCCUCCUCGUCCUGGCAGCCUCACUGGCCUGGCCGGCGUCGAGCCAGCGUCUGCCGGUGCUUGUUCCGGUGACCAAGGACCCCGCCACCUCCCUCUACACGCUCCCGUUCCACAACGGCGCCAACCUCGUCGUCGACAUCGCCGGCCCGCUCGUCUGGUCCACGUGCCAGCCCGGCCAUCUGCCGGCCAAGUUCCCCUGCACGUUCCCCACCUGCCGCCUUGCCAACGCCUACCCCGUCCCCGGCUGCCACGAGCCAGGCUGUGAGCAGGAGAGGCGCAAGGACGGCACGUGCACGGCGUACACGUACAACCCGGUCACCGGCGUGUGCGCCUCCGGGAGCCUCGACCGUACCAGGUUCGUGGCCAACACCACCGACGGGAGUAACCCGGUGAGCCAGGUGAACGUCAUGGCAGUGGCGGCGUGCGCGCCGGAGACGCUGCUGGCGUCCCUGCCCCGUGGCUCCACGGGCGUGGCCGGGCUCGCGGGUUCCGGCCUGGCGCUGCCGGCGCAGGUGGCGUCCGCGCAGAAGGUCGCCAACAAGUUCCUGCUCUGCCUCCCCCGCGGCGGCGACGGCGUGGCCAUCUUCGGCGGCGGCCCGCUCCACAUCCACUCGCAAUCGGAGGUCGACUGGACGCAGUCGCUGGAUUACACGCCGCUGGUCCAAAGGAAUGGCAACCCGGCGUACAGCGUCUUGGUCAAGUCCAUCACCAUGGACAACACGCGUGUGUCAGUCCCGGACAGCGCGCUCGCCACCGGCGGUGUGCUGCUCAGCACGACGGUGCCCUACACCUCGCUACGCCGCGAUGUGUACCGCCCGUUCGUGGACGCGUUCGCCAAGGCCGUAGUGGCGCAGAGUCAGCACGGCUGGCCCGUGGCGCGCGUGGUGAAGCCCGUGGCUCCGUUCGAGCUGUGCUACGAUUCAGGGACGCUGAUCAGCGGGCGGGGCGGCUAUUUCGUGCCGGGCGUGACGUUGACGCUGGACGGCGGGAAGAACUGGACGAUGUUCGGGGGUGGCUCGAUGCUGAACGUGGAGCCGGGGACAGCGUGCCUUGCGUUCGUGGAGAUGAAGGGAGUGAAGGCCGGAGACGGCAGGGCGCCGGCGGUGCUCAUCGGAGGGUUCCAGAUGGAGAACUUCCUGCUGGAGUUCGACAUGGAGAAGAAUCAGCUCGGGUUCUUCAGGCUGCCGUUCUACGCGCCCUGCGGCCAAUAA